AUGAAUAAAACACUACCAGCAUGUGCGACAUUGGACGCUCUUCCUAACGAACUCCUAAUCCAGAUUGCCUCCCAUUUUGAUCGGCAGCCUCCCUCAAUAUUAAAAUUCACACAUGAGCCAUCUGCGCAGUUGACAUGUUCGGAAGAAAGAUCGUUGAAGUCAUUAUCCGGGGUAUCGUGGAGAUGGAGAAAGAUCGUACUCCCUGUUCUAUUCCGCUACUCCAGAAUCUCGCUCGACAAAACUCCCCAAUGGGUUCCGAUCGAUGCCAGGCUAGUUGAGAAUAUGCAAGGUCAGCUAACGAAGCUGAGCAAUCACGAACUGCAAAUAUACCAGAAAAUGAGAAGCAAAUUCAAGAGCAGCUCAAUGUGGGCAUUCGACGAGUCUUUCGACGAUCUCCUUAUCAAUUUGUGUCGAAUCCGGGAAGGAGAUGACUUUCUGCGAUCAGUACCGAACAUCCUGUGGCUUCCGCACCUCCCGAAGACGUUUACAGACUUCGGUCGCUUUGUGGCUCACUACAAUAUGAAGCACUAUAUUAAAAGUCUUGUGGUUUUCACGGAUAAGGAGUAUGAAUUACGUCAUGUCUCGACUGCCGAUGCCCCAUUGAGUCGAGCUGUGUCUGAGAUUUGGUCCCAGAUCUUCUUUCGUCUAGAACCUUUUCGGGUGGUUGUAGCUGCUCCUCCUACUACCCUCGCUGGGCUGUUGGAUACGCAAAUGCUGAGCUCGGAUGCCUGGGCAUUUGACAUGAAAAUGCACUAUAUUGAGCUUCUGCAGCCAGAGCCGAGUCGUAUUAACCAUCCCAGAGAAUCUACCUGCCGCCCGUGGGAUUCUGCCUUAGUGCACCGAAAACCUUGGACCCACCUAGGAUAUAAUGAAGGGUCCUCUAUCACCGCAUACAGUACCUACGAGUAUCACCUCAAGCAAUCCCCAAAAAUGCUAUACCUCAUUAUUCUAAGGCUGGCGAAGGAAGUGCAGGACUGUUGCAACAUCGUAUCCUUCUCGUUUCACGGCGUGUUCCCCUUUAGUACCAAUAUCACGACCAUCAUCCGCGCACUACAUAAAGUAAAGACGUUACGGAAAGUGCACUUCCAGCUCGCGCCUGGAAAUGAGAACAGCCUUCUCAAUACACCGAAACGAAUGGGGCGAGCGCAACCUCAUGAUUUAUGGAUGGAGUGGAACGAAUCCUACAAGGUCAUUGCCAGUUUCCUUGGGGUGUAUGGCUUUGCUGAUGGGGCGGAAUUUGUGAGCUCAGAUUGUGAUGUGGCUGGUUUGGCGGGUGAGGUGGACGACUAUAUGGAUAUGCGUUUUAAGCGGGGGAGUGGUUGGAGGAAAACGGAGAUUGGGAAGUGGAUCAAAGACGAAAGUCUUGGUAAAGACGGGGCACCUACGGAAGCAGGCCCGAGUGCUGAAGCACCUGCAUAG